UGGAGUCACCUGGUCCUCAGACUCUGGCGGCAGCUACCAGUGCAUCAAACCAGAAUCCAGACUGUGGCACGCCCGGAUGGAUACAUUAAGAGUCGCUGGGCAUUACUAACUGCGGAACACCUGCGUCCUCAAAGAGCUCGCCUCAACUGAGCGCAGUCCCAGCCCUCCCAGACGCCGAAGCGCACGCGCACCUCUUGGGGUGAAGUCUCGGGAGCACAGGCCCCCGCCGGAAGCCAGGCGCAUGCGCGGCCCUCGGAGCGGCGGCGCGCCGGGUCAAGGGUCACAGGCAAGAUGGCGGCGGCAGUGACCUUCCGCCAGCUGCUGUGGCUGCCCCGGCUGGCCCGGAGUUUCGGCGUGCGGGUGUCGCCGACAGGGGAGAAGGUCACGCACACCGGCCAGGUUUAUGAUGAUAAAGACUACAGGAAAAUUCGGUUUGUAGGUCGCCAGAAAGAGGUGAAUGAAAACUUCGCCAUUGAUUUGAUAGCAGAGCAGCCUGUGAGCGAGGUGGACCACCGGGUGAUCUCCUGUGACGGCGGCGGGGGCGCCCUGGGCCACCCCAAGGUGUACAUAAACCUGGGACCUGUCUGCAUCCAGCCACACUGAAGGUCGGGAUGGCAGCAUGAGACCCUCAAAGGGAGGCUUUUCCUAUCGGCUAGCACCACACGGGCUCGUGAGGACGAGGAACGGGCCAGCAGAGGAGCUGUGAGGCCCUGGGGCACAUCCCCAGUGGUGCAGGUCAUGUGCUGGAGGAGAGGAGACUGCAGACCCUGUGACGGGGCAGGUGGGGCUCUUGUUUCACCAGCUGGUGUCCUGGUUGGUGGCCUGUCGCCUUUGGAAGUGGCCUUUACUGGAAGCUGGCAUUCAUCUUGGGUGCUUGUCAGGGUAAAGGGCAGUGUAGCAGCGCAAGGUGUCAGCAGCCUAGAACAGGAUGCUGUCACUUUGUGUCCAGGUGACAUCCCUGGAGCCCGGCCCGUGGGCUGAGGUUGGGGCAUCCUGGUCCUCGGGCUCAGAGAGCAGGUGGGUCGCAGCCAGCUAUACUGUUGGGGGCACGGGAGUUCCUCUGGCCAUCCUUUGGGAUGGCUGCAGAGGCAGGGCCUGAGGUGGGGCUCCAUCCUCUGCCUCCCGCUGCCCCACAGGUCAGGUCAGGGUGAACCAGGAUCCAGGGCCUGCUCGUCCCAGCUCAGCCCCGACCUGGGCCUCAGUGACCUUCUGGUUGACAUGCAUCUCCUGUCCUGUGCUGCUCCUCAGGCUGUGGUUGGAAGUGGAGUGUGCACUAUGAGAUUUUCCUUUUGAAUU